UUCCCAGAGUCUAGUAUGGUAAACUGUGGCUCCAAUACCACUGCAACAAACAACCUGAUCUGCCCAGAAGCCAAGGAACCCCACGAUGAUUUUCUCUUACAGAUGGACUUGGCUGCACUUGUCAAAGAUGUGUCAGAAUCAAGUAGUGAUGAUGACCUUAUCCACAAGCUGUCACAUGAUCUGGAGUUACCAUUGGCCCUGGAUGACAUGGAGCCAGUGUCUUCAUGGUCACCUGAACCUGGAGAUAUGUUUCAGUCACUCACCACUAAUGACAAUUUACCUAAUUUUCUUAAGUCUGAAGGUGAUAUCACAGCAGAGGAACUGACUCGAGCUCUCUACCCAAAUUUGGCUGCUGGAACUGUUGUUGACACACACAAUGUUACCUCUACAAGAAUUGGAAGUAGAGUGAAAGAUGAACCAUGUUCUCCGCAGCACUUCCUACAGAUGCCACCAUCCCCAGAUGAUAAUCAUGACAUUUGGGAGUUGCUCUAUGCCUCAGAUGUCAAGCCAAGUGUCAGGGCACUGGACACACCACCGGUCACACCACCCCAGAGUGAGAGUUCGCCCCCACACAGUCCGCAGCCUCUGUCACCUGUCAGUCUUACCAACACCCAGUUGGUGCUCUCUCCCUCACAUCAACAGCAACACCAGCAACAGAGACAAGCAGGAAAUGGUGGCUCAACAAAUCAAAUAUCUCAACCUAUCAAAGUUGUUACCAUCACAACAAGGAAUGGAUCUCAUGCUCCGGGAGCCACAAAAGGAGGUCGCAUCACCAAAACAAUGAAGAUCCAGCCCAAAGUUGUCACCACCACUUCAACACAGCCUCAGGUUAUUAGCAUCGUCAACUCCUCUAAUGGCCAAAAGCUCACCUUACCAAAGACAGCAGUAACAAGAACUAUUCCUGCUGGAGGUACAAGAAUAGUGCAAGUAAAGGUGCCUCCUGUACCUGCCCAAGUUACUGCCAACACCACCACCAUCACCAACCCACUCACAUCAAUCCUUACCACACAAAUUGGAAAUCAACAAACAGUGGUUUCACCACCACCACCAUCCACUCCCCUGACACCUUUGGCUCCAGCCCUUGCUCCUGGCAUGAAGCAUGGCAGCAUGCCUGAUAUGAAAGCCUUCAAAAGACAACAAAGGAUGAUCAAGAACAGAGAGUCUGCAAGUCUGUCUCGGAAAAAGAAAAAAGAAUACCUGACUGCCCUUGAAGGAAACAUCACAGAUCUUCAAAAAGAAAAUCAAAAGUUAAAAGAGGAAAACUCACGUCUACAGCAGAGAGUUGUUUCACUGGAGGCUCAGUGUGCAAGUUUACGACAGUCAGUUAGCCGGAACCCAAGCAGAAAGACCACAACUGCAUUGUUUGCAAUUAUCUUUUUAUUCUCUCUCAACCUCGGGCCCUUAACCGGUGUUCUUCUCAGCAGUGAAUCAAAAUUACAGUCACUCAAGACAAUGAUGCAUGGGAGCAAGACAUCAAGUAUCACCUCAGGAUUUCAUCAGCGCUCACUCCUCUGGUCCAGUGAUGACAUAGGAUCAACUGAGGAUGGAAGCUCACCCCAGCUACCCACCAACAGCUCUCAUACUUGCCCCAUGUACAUCAAUGCCACAGAAAGUUUAAGGUUAGAAACUGAGCUCCGAGGCUGGUUUGAACACAAGUUUAAACCUUCUUCCAAGGUUGAAAAGAAGAAAGAUGAAAAGCCCCACACAUCUCACCUGAAGACUAAAGAGGGAAGAAACAGACUCCUCAGUCAUGGACAGUUGAUUCCAGAGAAACAAAAGCAUGUUGUUAAUGAAGUUUGGAAUGCUCUGGUCCCUCCCUCUCAACCACCAACCCGACUCUACCGAUAUGUUCACCCAGAUGUACUACAGGUGGAUCCCUCAACUAGUAGUGAAGAGGAAACAGCAGUUAUGACAACAGUACCAAGAUUGUCUUCUUUCCUGGAAGCUAUCCAGCGUCGUGAUGACACGUAUUACGUUGUUUCUUUUUCCCCUGACCAUUUGCUGGUACCUGCCACUGCACGUAAUGAUUCUGCCCGACCUCGUAUGUCCCUUCUCAUGCCUACACCUCGUCCAAUGAAUGAGUCUCUUGCACCCCCCAAUGCUCAUAUUGCAAUGAUGCAGAUUGAUUGUGAAGUUAUCCACACCCGACUUGUCCAUGUGUCUGAGGAAGUCGUGCCUGCUCAUUUGCGUGCCGGAGGGAACAACGCAUCACACCCAUCUCCGGAGGGUUCUGCCACUGACCGUCAGGAGAGACGUAGUGGCCAUGCCAGAUCUCGGCCUUUUCUCUCAAAGCCCACUUAUCCAACCAAAUAGUCUCCAUGAUAUUUUUAAAGCAUUAGAUUAUCAUUGUACAUAACAAUAAAUCCUACUUUUGAAAUGUAAAGAAAAAUAUAGUAAAUCUAGAUUUUUCAGCUAUUUAAAUUGUACAAGGAAGAGAAAGGAAAUUUAUGAGUAUUUGAUCAAAAUUUUGCACGAUGUUAGAAGAAGUGGAAAUAUUUUAGCCUUUUACCAUUGAUAUAUCUUUAGAAAUCAAAUUAGAAUUGAAUGUUCAUGUAGCUGUAACGAUGAAUUGUUGUACAAACUUUUUGUGUAAACAUGGUUGACAAUUUUAUAGGCUUUAAUUACCUAACCAUGCAUUUUAAUGAUGCUUAGUGCUGUUAGAUAGUAAAGAGUUUGUUUUUGGUUACACAUAAAAAACUUUUGUUGUAUAUGAUGUAAUCUUUCAAGAUGUAAAACAUUCCAUGAUCUCAGAAUUAAUUCUCUCCAUUCCUUUCCAUUCUUUCAUGAUGCUGGUAAUUCAGUAAUCAGAUAAGUAAAUAUGCAAAUUAAAAGAAAUAUUUUUAUUAUUUUGGUUUAGUGCAGUGGAUUAUCUAGUUAUAUUGUGCCUACAUUCAGGUGCUUUUAGAAUAGUUAAUUUGUGAACUACAGUAAGCAACAACAUGCACCCAUGUUCUCUUGUGUGCUGGUGUAGGGUUUAACAAUAAGGCUGUCACUGAUGGGGAAGUACAAGAUAGAUGAUUUCUUUUGUAAUGAGGAUGUAUGAUACACCUUUGUGUAUCAUCAAGCUAAUUUUCAGAUUGCUUUUCCUUUUGGUAGAUAACUACCCAUUUCUUAUCACUAAAACAUAAUCUCAUAAUAGUGAACUUUACUCUCUCUCUUCAUAAAGUACUUUAUACUGUAUUGUGUAAAAACCAGGAUUGUUUUAGGUUGACAGCAAUGCAUUGGUAUUGAGGUUUUUGUUUUAGUGUAGAAAUAUAUUCAAAGGAUAGAGAACUUAUUUGCUUUUUUAUGUAAAUAUUUAUUUAUUAUUUUUAUUGUUAGAAUGUUUUCUAUAGGACAUGUUAUGGCUGUGAUUUUUGUUGUUUUCCCACAUCUGGCGAUGUGAAUUACAGAAUUUAUUUUAUUUUGAUGUGAUCAGUGGCCAUUAUAUUUUGUUUCAGAGAAUAGUGCAAUAUUUUGAUUGUACUUUUAAAUUCUCUAAUCAAAACAAUAACCACAAUUAGAUUGCUGUUUAACAAAUUUUACUGUUUUGUUUUGUAAAAACACUGAACAUACAAAAUCUUGACUAGUUGAAUACUGUACUUUCUUUAAACAACCUUUCAUGAUAGAAAAUGUUUACAUUUAACUAUUGGUGCAAGAAUACUGAACUGGAAUGGUUGAAGGACAGUGUUUCUUCUAGUUGUAGGUGUUGUGAUCAACAGUAUUGAGGGCCUGAUUAUUGUCCCCCAAGGGGCUCCAAGAGGUUUCAGGCACCUUUUUGCUAUAAGAUGCAUUUUUAUGUGAAGAGAAUUCAUGUAAAGUAAUUUGUCUUUAAUUUUAAUUGUUUAAGGAUUCUUGACUUUGUGAAUGGUGCCCUGAGUGUUCUGUCUUACUGGAAAGUAUGUAUUUUACUUUAAUGCUGUGUGUGUAUUACAGGACUAAGAGACUGUUCAGUGUUAUGUAUGAGAAGCAAAAGCUUUUGCACUUUUAUAAUUUAACCUUAUGGAGAUAAAAAUAAAAUUGUGCAUAUUU